AUGGCUUUCCUGGAUAGGACUGGCAGUACAAGGAAGCGGUCUCGUGCUUGUGAAGAGUGCCAUCGUCUCAAGAUCAAAUGUGACGUAAGCACAUCACUUGGAGGGACUUGUGAGCGAUGCAGCCGCACCAAUUUAGAGUGCAUCCCAGCGGCACCACGUCUCCAGCGCAAUCGCAUCAACGAACUCGAAGUCCAAAUCCAGGAACUCAGGAAAGCAUUGCGGAAGCAGAGCAGUAGCACAUCGCCCAGCUCCUCGCUAGAGGAUUAUGAUGCCGCUGUAUUGGCAUUCUUAGACGCCCGCAUCCCGCCAAGUAAGCAACAAAAAUUGCUUUCCCUGUAUGCACACCAUGCGGGAGCCGCCUGGCCUGUCGUUCGUCUGCCGAUGAAGCUGAAUUAUAUUCGCGCGAGAUCUCCAGUCUUACUGCUCUCUGUGGUGGUGUUUUCCGUCACGCAGAAUGCGCAAGGUACUGAACUCGAAGUACACGAUGAGCUUGUGCGAGAGACAAUGCGUAUCCUCGGAGACGAAGUCAUAAGUAAGGGGCAGAGAUCCCUGGAACUCGUGCAGGCUCUGCUUGUAGCCACUUUCUGGAGCAAAUCGACGCGGAAGGGGCAGCAAGUUAGUUGCUAUCAACUCGUUCAGUUAGCUACCGAUAUGGCUAUUGACCUUGGAAUCGCCGGACCUUUGUUGCAGCCUUCUCCUGCGGCGUACUUCUCCAUGCAUGAGGAUCCUACAUCUUUUGAAGCACGCCGGACUUGGCUUGCCUGCUUUGUGGCGCUUUCAACAUCGUCCAUCAGUACGCGCCGGCCAAUUGCAGUCUCUUGGGACGCUCACCAUCGGGAAUGUCUCCUACACCUGGAAAGUACAGGCGAUCCAUCCGACAUCUUGCUUUGCCAGAUCGUCCGCAUCAUCCAACUGGUUGACGAGAUAUCGAAUUGCUUGUGUCUCUGUCAAUCAGCGGUCUUCGUAGAUGGAAACGAUUACAAUACUUACGCUACGGUUAAGCACUUGAAAUCCAAGGUCGAUGCAUGGGUAGCUCAGAUUCCACCCAGUCUCGCGUCAUCGCAGACGCUCAAAGUCUGGCAACACGUAGCCAUGGUCUACAUCUACGAGCUUGUCCUUCACACUCCUACAAAUAAGGCAUCGUUCGCAGCACCCUUCAUCCCGGGACGUAUUAUCGUAAAAGACUUCCCAAAGCCAGCAAACAUCAUCCCUUUUCUACAAACCGCGCUCGAGGCUUUAAUCCAACACUGUCACGCCGUCAUCAAUACUGCCACAGAGAUGGACCCUACCCUGAUUCUCGGUCUUCCUACGUUUUGUUUUGCCCCUACUGUCUUAUACUCACUCUUCGUGUUGGUCAAUCUCUUGGUAGCAUCUACAGACCCAACAAACACCUACGGGCAGUGUCUAUCAAAGGACAACUUUCGUAUAGAGCAGUGCGGUCUGAAGCUGCGUAUGUUGACGGCACACAUGACGUCUCUUGACCCGGCGAUGAGUUGUUUCACAACCCGUUUGUUUGAUGCGACGUCGUGGUUGGAGCAAUGGUACGGCGACUACAGUACUAUCCUUGGGCGUUAUGAGACGAACCUGUUGAAAGACACAGAAAUGACUUGA